AAUCCCACCCAACCUAAAGAAUAGCUUUGCCAACCUAACCCAACCCAGAUCUCUCAAACAGGCUCAACCCACUCUCCAACCCAUUAUCACGUUUCAGCCUGUGAGCCUGGCCAGCAUGCUGCUGCCCAUGUGCCUAAAGCCAGCCGGUUCUAGUUAAACAAGUUCAAAAGUAAAUGAGUGUCACAUUCUAAUUUUUUUAUAAACAAGGUCAACAGAUCCAAAAUAUAAAAAAAGAACGUUGAAGAGACCCAUGUGCCGCAACUAAGCACGUUGAACAGAACUACAAAGAUAAAAAAGAACACACGACGUUGAACAGAAACACACAAUAUUACAUUGGCAUAUUCACUUAUUAUACAUAGAAGAGAAAUCACAGAAAUAUUUGUUCUGACUUGUUAUACUCUACUGAUCUUGGAGCUGCAGGCAUAUGGACAUAGUUUAGAUCAAAGAAUAUUUGCUAACCAAAGAUGCAGCACAAUGAUAACGCACCCAAUGUCCACAAUAAGGAGUCUAACAAAGUUCAGAAUGUUCAGAAUGAGCAUCAGAUCCAAUGGUCAAUGGUGCUACAUUUAGUUAAGUGUGUCAUGAUAUAGUGAUCUAAACUAAAACUUCCCAAAAAAACUUAACUAAACAGGGCAUCAUCGCAACAGAGAGUUGAAGAACUGGUGAAUGUAAAAGAACUUGAACCAAGCACCCAACUGAUGCUUGCACUUACAGUCAAAACUCAGACGGGUGUCAAAAGAACUUGGACUGAUCAUCCGCUGCAAUCACAACAAAAUAAAAAAUAUGCAGUUAAAUAGGUGCCACAAGCAUUGCUCCUGCUCCGGGCAAGACAAUACAAGAACUAAUCAUUCUCAGAUCUUAUAUGUUAUAAUGAUCUGUCAAGCUAAAGCAAAUAUAACUUAGCCACAGAAGUAAUAGGAUAUUAGCAAGUUCUUGCAACCUGACAGAUCUCCCGAUCUACUUUGAGAACGGUAAGCCUAGACAAACAUCAACUCCCAUCUACUUUGAGAACAGAUCUCCAGAAGUUGACAGGAAAGAGAAAAGGGAAAAGGCAUAAGCUUGUAUUGUUGCUAAACUUUUUUUUUUUUUUUGCCUAAACAACUGAGUUGGAUCUCUUUCUACAAAGCCAUCUAUGUCUGUCAUUGUUCAGAAACUGAAGCAAACCAGCAACCCUCCAGAUUGGUACAUGCACACCUUGAAGUGAUUGAAGAUAUGAUAAAUUCAGCAAAGUAGAAUCAGAGGCAAGUUUUUCAGCACAAUAGAAUCAAGUUGAUUACCUCAUCUAGCUUCAUUGCCUGGAAAUUCAUAUAGUCAGUCUUUGCCACAAACAAGAGCUUUGAGAGUUUCUGGCGUCAUUGAGCUUCGAUUGUCACCAAGAAUCCGACCGCCACAACUAAAUGCAGAUUCUGAAGAAACCGUGCUCAUAGGUAUUGCAAGGAAAUCACGUGCCAUAGCUGAUAGCACAGGGUCUUUCUUGGCAUCUGUUUUCCACCAGCUCAAAAUUUCAAACCUCUCAUCUGUUCUUACAAACUCUUCUUCUAAAUAUGCUUCAAGCUCUGACUUUGGAAUAUGCCUCCCUCUCCUCUGGGACCAUCGAACAAAUUCUUGUACUCUUAUUUUCCUAAGGAUUGGUGAACCCAAAGUACUCUUGGCUGCACUAACAUGAGGCAAGGUUGCAUUAUUUCUCCUAAGAACCUUUUCAUAUUCCUCAAAGUACUUGGUGAGCCAUUCUUUAGCCAAGGUCAUACCCUUGUCAAUGUCAACAUAGUGCUUGCACACCUUAUCGUAAAAGAAAUCUAAGAAAUCCAUUUUCUCGAGGGAUCAAGUAUGACGGCAAUAACAAAGGUUAUGUUGUAGUUGCCAUCCCAAUACUUACUGAACUUUGAGUCCAUAGCACUAGCCAAAUCAUUUAGAACCUCAUUAACUUGCCAUUCUCGAUAUCUUACUGCUUGGUGGAUACAAAGAACAUUGUGCAAAAAUAGUUGACAUGUAGGACUCCUAUCCGCUGAGAAUGCUUUUGUAGCUUCUUCAAAAGCUCCAAGAAACUCACCAAUAGCCUGAACAUUAGUCCACUCUUCCUUGGUUGGUGAAGGUUCAAGCAGUGAUUCAGCGCACCUUUUCACGACAACCUUGUACUUGACAACCUCGACAAUCAUAUCAUGUGUCGAGUUCUAACGGUUAGGAACAUCAAGAACUAAACCAGCCUUUGGAGAAAGACAUGCCCUUUCAGCAAUCUCAUCAAAAGUUUUGAUUCGUCAUGGUGAUGAAUCAAUGUGCCUGAUUAAUUCUCGUAUCAUCUCUAUCGCCUUCACAUAUAUAAAACCAAUAAUCUUCUUCUUCAAGACAAAGCUGGCAUCAAUAUAAUGGGUCGUUAGGCAAAUACAUCCUAACUUUUGGUUAGAUGUCCAAAGGUCAAACGUGAAGCAUAUGCGGGAAUCAAGAUUUUACAGUUCACUUUGCAAUUCUUGCUUCACUUGCUCAUACCUAGCAACAGAAUUAUUGCGCAUUGUUUGAAGCCUGAUGCCACUAAAUGUUGGUUGCAUCGACUCCAUCCAUGGAGCAAAGUAGGGGUCAUCAAAUUUAUUGAAUGGAACCUCGCGUGAAUGCACCACUUGACCAUUAACUCAUGGCUUCUUUGAGGAUCAAAGACAGAGAGAGGGCAAGCAAACAAGCAAAGGGCUAUCUAUCUACUAGCAUGAGAAGUGAAGUUGGAGAAGCAAACAAGCAAAGGACUGAAUCUAAUUAGCUAGCUAGGCGUUACACACAAUUGCCAGUCAUUGUCACUUGUUGUUCAUUCAUUCUCAGCAACACACUCACACAUGACGCUACACCAGCAGCACGCCACCACCACACUCCUCUCUCUCUCUCUCUCUCUCUCUCUCUCUCUCUCUCUCUCUCUCUCCAAAUCCUCUCUCUCUCUCCAAAUCCUCUACAUAUCCAUCUUCUUCACCGUACCUCCUCUAGCUAGGGCUCUAGCUACCUCAUCAAGAACAUCCACACAUCUCCAAACCCACCAAGCAAGAUCGAUCCAACUAAAUUCUUUUGAUAUAGUUAUUGAAGCAAGAUCGAGGGAGCCGGCCGGCUCAAUUGUAUUCGUUACCUUCAUCCUCGGAAUCGAUCGUCCAAAGAUUGAUUCUACUAGCGUUGUGCCCCGCUUGUUUUUCUUCCCCUUGGUACCAAGUCAAUCAAGCAAUUGCAUCUCCAUUUAUGGAGCUGUUCCCCCGGCAGCCGGACCUGUCGCUGCAAAUCAGCACCCGCCCGAGCAGCCCGUCCUCCGCGCCGACGGCCUGGGGGCCACAUUCGUCAUCGGACUCCGGCGACAACAGCACCGCGUCGGCUCGAUUCCACCACCUAGGGUUUUGGCGAACCACCGACAGCACCACCGUGAAAGACACAACGUCAGCGACCCUGCCGCCUUCUUACAACCUCCUCCCCUUAGCCGCCACCACCACGGCAAAUCCUACAAGCACCAGUGGCAGUGGCAGUGGCAGUGGCAGCGCUGCUGCUGCGACCACCAUGCCUCCUGCUUGUUACCACCACACAAGUAUGAGCAGUGGUGGUGCAAGCUACAAGCAGAUUACGUCUACCAGCAGCUACGACCAUGGCGGCUGCUACUCCAACCAGCACUACCACCUGACGAAUGCUUUGCUCAAGCCGAUCAGAGAGGUCCCAAUCUACCAUCACCGCCAACAUCCCUUCCAGUUCCAGCUCCAGCAGCAGCACGUGAUGAUGGCGAGGUCGAGGUACGCGCCGGCGGGGCGGCGAAGCUUGCGGGCACCAAGAAUGCGGUGGACGACCACGCUGCACGCGCGCUUCGUCCACGCUGUCGAGUUCCUUGGCGGCCAUGAGAGGGCUACUCCCAAGUCAGUGCUGGAGCUCAUGGAUGUGAAGGAUCUCACCUUGGCCCAUGUCAAAUCUCACUUGCAGAUGUAUCGCACGAUAAAAAACACUGACAAACCUGCAGUUUCUUCAGGACAAAAUGAUGGAUUCGAGAACGGGUCGGCAGGAGAGAGAUCCGGCGACAGCUUUCUAGAGAUCCGCAGUGGCCGACAGAUGGAUCAACCGUUAGCACAAAAUGGGACUAAUAGCACUACUGGGAAUUCUCACACGAACAGCAAUUACAGUGGUGGUCUAUGGAGCAACUCUUCAAGCAGGGCAGCCUGGCCUGAUUUCAGCUCACCAAGUGAAUCAAACACUGAAUCCAGCAGAAAGCAAAACCUCAAGGAAGAAGCUCCAUCAAAGAGUUUGGAGAUGUCAGAGAUGAAUGUGUCAUGCAUCUCUGAGACAUCCAGCCCGCUGGCCGGGCAGCCAAAUCUUGAGUUUACCCUAGGGCGGCACAAUAAGUAGGGUGCUGCUUGCAUGAUCCAGUCACCAACAACGAACGGGCAGAUCGAUCGAGGUAAUAAAGCAGGCACACAAAAGAUGCAAAAAAGGGAAAGCAUAUGGCACUAAUAUAUUCUGUCCAAAGAGUAUGCAUGCAUGGCGAGAUAAAAAAAGGCCAGCAAAUUAAACUGAUAUAUAUUACCAUCUUCACUCCACUAUGUAUGUGUGUGGAAAUUAAGAAAGAGAGAGAGGUCGCAAGGAGAUCUAGAUAUAUUAUGUUGCUCGAUCUCCAUAUGGGGUUUGCGCUAGCUGCUUUACGUAUAUAAAGUCUUGUAUGUUGUUUAAAGAUUAUAUAUAUCCGCAUGAAGAUGAUGAGUGAGAGAUCGAUCGACGAGCUGACUUCAUCUUUUUCUGCUGCCACGGUACAGAUUAAAGCAGCAGGGGAAAUCUGUUAAAGGAGAGGCCUCGUUCACGUGCAUGCAACUCCGAUCCCAUUUAGCUAGAUGCAUGUUGCUUUUAUAUAUGUGCCCAAAUUAAAGCUAGCAAAGGAAAAAAGAAAUACUACUAGUAAUUGUAGAUGAGACCUGUACAUUUUUCAUGGAAUUAAUCGAUCUGCGUGCAACCAACGACAUGAAAAGAAAUCUCACAUUUACCAAACCUUACCUAAAAAGAUGAGGAGCGCAUAUCGGUUGCCUUUGCAUCUUCAGGAUUCUUGCCGUACAAUACAAUCGUGCCCUCAAAGUUUUAAUUCGUCAACAAAUCGGGGAUUGAUAGAGGCUAUCUGAAGUAGAUAUGAUGAUCGAAAUUCAUUGUUUUAAGCUUCCUAGCUAGCUUGUUAUUUCAUCUUGAAGUGAAAUA